AUGACUCUCUUCGCCUCCAAAGGCAAAGCGCAACAAAGGGAAAGCGAUUUAAGCUAUAAGGUUGAUGCGAUAUUUAUUAAGAGCUCAUCACCCGUAGAUCGCGGGUUCCCUUCUUUGUUUGUACAAAUGCAAACAAGUUUAUUCAAAAAUACAGCUUUUGAAGCAAGUGAUGAUGAUUUUCAAGAAGCUCCAUUACUUAGAAAAGAUAAGAACAUUCAUACUACUUUGAAAGCUGCUAAAGAAGAUACAUCUGCUCCUGGUCCUUCAAAUGUUGUUACCAGUAACAAGUCACCUAUGUCUACAGUCAACAAAGAUACGAGUGUUCAAGAUGUAUUACCUGCUCCUAUUACUUCCACUAGCUGUACUUCUGCUUCCAUUAAAAGCUCCAAAAAAUAUCAAGACAAGGUUGAUAAGACUGAAACACUUAAAAAGGAAAAAGAAAAGAACAAGACGACAGCUAAUGAGCAAAACAACAAGUUGCGUCCUAUGGAUAAGUCAAAAGCGAAGCUUCCAAGGCCUAAAGAUACCGUCGAGAAAACUUUUGUAAUCAAGACAUCUCUGGCUAAUACUUGUAAAUAUCCCAAGUUCGUUACCUUGAUUCAAGAAAAUGGUGAAGAACUACCUGUAACUACUCCAAAUCUGUUUUAUAAUAUAUUUUCCACCUUUGUUGGCCAAGAAAAACAUGCCUUUGAUAGUAUCAAGAAGAGCUUCAUGGCCUUUUGUGAAUCUACUUCUCUUACUGAACCUGACUUGGAUAAGUAUGCAAGUAAAGGAUAUAUGACCAUUAUUUCUCCUAAGGCUAAUCAAUACGAAGCAUUGGUUCGCAACUAUGUAUGCUCUACUUACGAAGACAGGACUCUCAGACGUAUUAUUAAUGUUUUAUCAGAAAAGGCUUCUUUUUACUUCUGUGGUGAUACCGUAUCAGUCAAACAGCGCAAGUCUUUAGCAAAGCAUAUCUUUCAACAAAAGAUAAACCCCAAGUUUGCCUGGUCAUUCACUGUUGAUCGAAUAGAACGACAUGAAACCAUUCUCAAUAGCUUUCUUACUUUCUGGUCAACGUACGAUGCUUCCAAUGAUACCGAUGUACCAAGUGAAGCUAAUCUGUAUACUAAACCUCAAUGCUACAUGAAAUGGUUACACUCUAUACAGAAAGAAAUGAAACAAAAGAAGUCCAUUCAAGAAAUGAAAUCUCAAGACAGAACAUCAGGCAGUUAUGUCCAUCGAAAGUUACAAGAACUUCCUUUUGUCAAGAAGCUGAGUACAAGCAAGUACAGAUCGCUAAAAGGAAACACCUUGACCGCUAUCGAUUCCAACAAGUCCUUGAAAAUAGCAAGCAAGCUGAAGGACAUUGAUAAAAUGGAUGCCGCUACUGUUCAAACCUUUAUCAAAACAGUACAAGCAAGAAUUCAAGACAAGACCUUCAUACCUCUCAGGCACACUGACCAUCGAGAAUCAAGGAUAUUUUUCUUCUCUUGUACAAGAUUGAUGCUCAAGCGUUCUGAAGACUUGUUCAGCAAUUUGAAGACUUGA